GCGGCAGCUGGCGGAGCAGUACCCCUGCCGGGGAGUGGUGGGACGGUUCGUGGAUCAGGAGGAGGACCGCCAGUUCGAGGCCACUCCGCAGCAGCAGGCCACCCCCCUGCAGCUGCUGCGGCAUGCCAUAGCGGCCAUCAACGCAGCGGGAGGGGGCGGGGGUGGUCUGGCCCCCCCUGCUUCUGCUGCUGGUGCUGGUGCUGGGAUGGGGGUGGCAGCGGCGGGGGCAGCGGUGCAGCAGUCGCCGGCGCAGGGGGCGCAGCAAGCAGGCCCCGCCACCAUCACCCCCCGCGGCGGCGACUGCAGCCCCGCCGGCUCAGCCAUCUGGCUCACCCCCUCCCAGCCACCCGCCCCUCCCUCCCUCAACCCCCCCUACCACCGCGCCGACUCGCUCCACUCCCUUAGCAUUAACACAGCCGGACCCGCAGCAGCAGCAGCGGCAGCAGCCCAGGCCGGCGGCUCCUCCGCCUCCGGAGCCGCUCCCGGGGGGCCGGCAGCAGCCGGCAGCAGCAGCGACCCAUGGGACGGUGUGGGCGGCAGCGGGUUCCUGCGAGGCAGCGCGGGGACGACCUCCUCCGUGGCGUCAGCGGCGGGGCAGGGUGCCGGCAGGGCGGGGAUGUCCUCCUGGGCGGCUGAGGCGGAGGUGCUGGGAGGUGGGGUGGGGGGCGGGGGGCCGGGCGGCCGUCCGCGGCACGGGCACUCCUCCUCUGCGGACAACUCGAGCAGCUCCAUCUUUGGGAAGCAGUUCGACAUGUUUGCAAGCAAGGUGUCCUCCGUCUUCGACCCGCUCAAGUCGCAACGGGGCGGAGGCGGCGCCACAGCACCCGGGACAACAACAACAACAACAACAACAACAACAACACGCAACACCCCGUACGAGCAACAACAGCAGGUGGCCCAACAGCAGCUGCUCCUACAGCAGACGCAACAGCAGCGGCAGCACCGCCACUCGCUGUACGGCACCUCGUUCCCCGGCUCUGACUCGUUCGACUCGGACCAGCAAACCUACAACCACCACCAACAACAACAGCAGCAGCAGCAGCAACUGCUGCAACCCUUACCCCAGCACCCAGCGCUUGCUCCCGGUGGUGCGGGGGAGCGGUUGUCGCCCGCCUCCUGCCCGGGGGCCGCUACCGCUGCUACCGCUGCUGCUACCGCUGCCGCUACUGCGGUGCUGCCCCCCACGGUGUGCUGGCUGCGGGACUGGCGGCUGCGGGCGGUGUUGGGCUGUCCGAGGGCGGCUGCGGACCUGGCGCUGCAACUGGCGCUGGCGGCGGCGAGCUGCUACAGCCGCGCCGGCCGGCCGCGCACCGCCGCCCAGCUGUACGGCGACGUGGGGGGCGUGCUGCUGGGCGGGGGGCGGGCGGAGGCGGCGGCGGCGCUGAUGGAGCAUGUGGCGGCGGUGGCGCAGGCGGAGGGGUGG